ACAAAACAAAUAUCAAUCAGUCACCUAUAAAAACUAAAGACGUGAACAACGUUAUUUUAAGCGGUAAAAUAAAAAAUAGUUCCAUAGUUUCCUCCUAAAAACGGGAAUGAAAAACCAUGAUAUUUUCAAGUGGAAAAUAUACAAAAUAUAUUUGUUUAAUUGUAAUAGUUUUAAUACAGUUAGCGUUAACAACUGUAGCUGGAAUUAAAUGUAUACAAUGUGGUGGCAGUGAAGAUACUUGUAGUACAACUCUUUGGGAAGAUGCUAAAGUCUGUCCCAAUAAAGACCAAACCAAAUGCUUUACACAAAUUGACACUAGUGGCAACAUUACAAGAGGUUGCAAAACAGACGAUGAAGCAAAAACAUGUACAGCCGAUAAUAAUUGCAUUAUCGCAGCCGAGAGAAAAAAUAAUCAACUUAUUUGCAAACGAUGUGAUGCAACCGACGAAAAGUGCUCACAAACCGAUAUGAAUAUUAACGAUCAGAAAUACAAUCAUAUCUGCGUCGAGGGCGUUAGUAGAUGUUUCAAAAAAGUCGUUAACAAAUUGGUAGUAAGAGGUUGCGCCUCUAAGAGUGAUAUCCAACAAUGUUCCAAUUCCAAAACGUGUGAAACAUGUGAUAGCGUUAACUGCAAUACUGGAAUAUUCCCCAAGGGUCGAAUCACUUGCUACCAAUGUACUGGUAGCAGCUGCGAAGAUGUUACAGCAAAUAAUAUAGUUUACAAAGUCUGUGCGAAUUACGAAGAGAACGAUCAAUGCUAUACCGUGGCUAAGAGUGAGAUCGACAUGACGCGUGGAUGCAAGUCCGAUACUAGGGAUAAUGAAUGUUUGGACGCUGCUGAAGGUUGUGUGUUUUGUUCCAACAAUAACUGUAAUAAUUUAAAGUAUAUAUAUGAUCAAGUGCUUAAGUGUCAUCAGUGCACAAGUGAUGAUAUAACUAGCGAAUGUUUUGAUAAACAAACUAGUAAAGUGUUUGAGAAAUGUAAGAGACAAAUUCGUUACAAUUUUCCCGAAUAUUGUUAUACCCAAAUCAAUGGUAAUACCAUUAAACGUGGUUGCCUUCAUGAUAAUUUGGACCUAACUCUUGACUUAUGCCAAGAUAUCGAUAGUGAUACCUGCUCGAAAUGCAACAAUCGCGAUGGUUGCAAUAGUGAGAAGGAAACAUUAGAUUUCACUUGUAUCGUAUGUCGCAGUGAUGAGAAUUUCAAGUGUUGGGAUGAGGCAAAUACCUUUAAGGGAAAACAUUGUCGUGUUAGCCCUAGUUCCCAAAGAGGUUGUUUUCAUGGCAUUUGGCACGGUGAUGCUAUUCGUGGUUGUAUAGUCGAUGCCAGUACACAAAAUCAAGGAAUCUGUAAAAAUGUAGAACUUAAACAGUGUAACGCUUGCUAUAAAAAGGACUGUAAUACGGCGAAAUCAUCAGAUGCUUUUCCCCACUAAAUAAAAUUUAUUAUUUUAUCUGUUCGCCACAAUUAUAUUAAUGACAAAUUUGUUAAUCUCUUAAUUAUAAUUAUGGAAAAAAUAUUUAAGAACAGCAUUGUAGACAAUUUAAACUGUAGCAUAUUAG